AUGAAGCUUCCUACAUCUGGAUUGGCGCUGCUAUCUAAGACCCUAAUUCAGAUUAAUGGGCCGGACGCAACAAAGUUUUUAAAUGGUCUAGUGACAACCAGAAUGUUACCAUUUUUAGAGAAGAAAAAACGACAUACAAUUAGUGAUGCAGAAAACAGGCAUACAGAGUUGGCAGACUUGAUCGAUAUACACUCCAACUGGGGAGUCAUGCACGAAGAUAUAUAUGAUCCUGAACAGAAUAUAUUGAUACGUAGAGAUGGCUUGAACUCAAUGUUCUUAAAUUCAAAGGGCCGGGUGGUGAAUGACUGCUUUAUUUACCCAACCCCAUUCGCAUAUAGAAAUAACAGUAGUAAUGAAAAUGAUGCUUGUAGUUACAUCGUGGAAAUUGACAACGUCUUUUAUCUGCAGUUGAAAAUGAUGAUGUCUUUACAUAAACUUAAUGCCAAGGUUAAAAUCAAGAAGUUGGACUUAAAAUCAUUAUAUUUUUACAAUGACUCAACGGUAUUUGAUGAUUGGCUAGAAGAUAUACAGAGAAAGUAUUUUCAGUCUAUGACUCCGCAAGAUGCCUUAGCUCAGUCUCGUAAUUUCAUGGAACUGCAAGAAGUUUUCAAUCUGGAAUUAACAGAGGAAGGAAUUGUUGGCUUUGCUAUAGAUAAUAGGAUUCCUAAUUUCGGUAUUAAGUUUAUAACCAAAACAGACUUAAAGGUGGGGCAGAUUUUCUCCGACCAAUUUAAGAACAGUUUUAUUGAAGAAGAUGAAGAAAAAUUACUUUCCGAGAAAGUACUCGAUCAAAGGCGGUUUGAAAACGGUUUGUUUGAAGUCAAAGAUGCUCCAAGAUCCCAAUCUUUACUUCCGUUUGAAACUAACUUAGAUUUCACCAAUGGAUUAUCGCUUGAGAAAGGAUGCUAUGUGGGCCAAGAAUUAACUAUAAGAACAUAUAACAAUGGCACCAUCAGAAAAAGGAUCUUCCCAGUACAAUUCUUCAGAUUAACCAAUCUAGACGUUGAAGAGUUUGAGGUGCCAGCUUUGAAUGAAAAUGACCCUGUAAACGGAAUAUUGAAAGAGUACGCUGAAAAAUCAGAUAUAACCAAUUGGGAAGUUGAGCCCUUAUAUGAAGAAGCUGCAGAAGAAAAUACCAAAGUAGACUCUCCAUCUCCAUUUGAAAACAGUAACCCCUUUGGAUCGAAAACAGUUAGGAAAAGAGCAAAAUCAAGUGGUAAGGUUCUUUCAGUCCAAGACAACUUAGGCUUUAUUCUCAUAAAUUCUUCCAGUAUCCAAAAAAAUGACUUAUAUAAGAUAAAAGUGGAUGGUGAAGACAUCGGUUUGAAGGUUUUUGAACCAGACUGGUGGCCAGAGCUUGAAGAGAGCGGUGGUUAG